AAGGAGAAGAAGGCUGCGGCCCAGGCCGAGAAGGACAACCAGAAGCGCUUAGACAAGGAAGCCAAGGAUUCGGCCGAGUGGAACAAGGGCGCCAAGCAGGGCGGCAAGAAAGAGGACCAGGAGGCCAAGCGGCUCGAGAGGCUGGCCAAGAAGCAGGAGGCCGACGCCCUGCUGCGCGCCGAAGAGCGGGAGAUCGCAAAGUCAGCCGCUGCAAAGACCGGGCCCGCCAAGCUCGCCCCCGUCCAGCCCAAGAAGCAGCCGGUGCUGCGCGGCGCCGAGAAGAAGGCCGCUGCAAAGGAGGCUGCCAUCGAGGUGAUCGAGCACGUGCACCGGCCUAUGGAGACCUUUGCUGCGAGCAACAUCGAUGAUGCGCUGGACCUGUUCGACAAUAUCCACACCAGCACCAACGGCGAUGAGGCUACGGCUGCCGUCGAUGGCGCGCAGGCAAGGAAGUCCGGCAUGGGUGCCGUCAUCGACCGCCACCCCGAGCGGCGCGCCAAGGCCGCGUACCCGGCCUACCUGGAGCGCGAGCUCGAGAUUAUGAAGGUCGAGCACCCAGGGCUGCGGCAGCUGCAGAUGCGCGAGCUCAUCUGGAAGACCUGGCUCAAGUCGCCCGAGAACCCAAUGAACCAGGCCCAUGUCGCAUACAACGCCACUGGCGAGGAGAUGGCUGCCGCCGUUGAGGAGCAGCGCCGGACCAUCCAGGACCGCCUGCGCAUAUAG